UACAUUUUUCGCUGUCUUACUAGUAACAGAAGGUCACACGCAUCAUGCUUUUGAACGAAGGAGCUGCAAAGGAAGAAAUACGAAGCAGUGAAUAGAGACAUCACUUUAUACAGAUAGCCAAAACAUUAUCAACAAGAACUGCUGCUAAUUUGCAUUCAUAUUCACUCGUUUAAAAUGUGGCAUUUAAUUCAUUGACGAACUGCAGUCAGAAACGGCUAGUAGCUUAGCCUGUCAGCUAGCAUUUCCUAAUAACAUUGCAUUUUAACAUAACUGCAAAUAUGUUUAGGCGGCUUGUUAGACUUCAGGGUCCGCUCGGAAAUAUCCUCUCUCCAGAUAAAGUGUGCCCAAGAAAUCAGCAGCUUCGGUGUGCUGUGAAUUAUUCUUCAGCCUUAGCAGAAAAAAGAAGAUUUUAUAAAGAUGUCAGUAUAUCCCAAAGUGAAGGUGGUCUAUAUGAGGUAAACCUAGACAGAAGGAAAUUAAAAACUCCUGGAGGAAAGCUGUUCACAGCACCAAAUGAAGCCAUGGCCAUCGCUGUGGCAACCGAGUGGGAUGCUCAAAAGGACACACUGAAGUACUACACAAUGCACCUGACUACACUUUGCAACACAGCUCUGGACAAUCCUACCCAUCGUACCAAGGAGCAAAUGAUCAGCGCUGCCCUGAAGUUCCUGGAAACUGAUACUGUCUGUUACAGAGUAGAUGAGCCCCCGAGUUUGGUUGAGCUGCAGAAGAAUGAGUGGGACCCUGUGCUGCACUGGAUUGAAAACAGAUAUAAUGUCACUAUUGGAUCCUCGUCCAAUAUUUUGGGUCCUGAGAUUCCAAAGGAAACAAAAGACACGUUUCGGCAACACCUGAAGUCUUACAACUUCUGGUCCAUGACAGGUAAAACAACGGAUCCGACAUAA